UAUGUUCAGGCAGUUGCUGAUGUAGCUGCAGCUAUUAAAGCUGGAUUUUAUGAUAUUGGAAUUGGCGCUGGGCUGGAAUCCAUGACAGCAAACCCAAUGGCAUGGGAAGGAUCAGUCAAUCCAAAAGUCAAGACAAUGGCACAAGCCCAAGAUUGCCUACUCCCAAUGGGUGUUACUUCCGAAAAUGUUGCACAUCGUUUUAGUGUAACAAGGCAGGAGCAAGACCAGGCUGCGGUUGAGUCACAUAGGAAGGCUGCUGCUGCAACUGCCUCUGGUAAAUUUAAAGAGGAAAUAAUCCCAGUGGAUACCAAGAUUGUUGAUCCAAAAACUGGAGAUGAGAAACCCGUGACGAUCUCAGUUGAUGAUGGAAUUCGGCCAAACGCAACGAUAUCGGACUUGGCAAAACUGAAGCCUGUAUUUAAGAAAGAUGGGACAACCACUGCUGGAAAUUCUAGCCAAGUGAGUGAUGGCGCUGGAGCUGUCCUCUUGAUGAAGCGAAGCAUUGCAAUGCAGAAAGGACUACCCAUUCUUGGUGUAUUCAGGACUUUUGCUGCUGUUGGCGUUGAUCCUGCUAUCAUGGGAGUUGGACCUUCUGUUGCAAUUCCAGCUGCAGUCAAAGCUGCUGGCCUUGAACUUGAUGAUAUUGAUCUUUUCGAGAUAAAUGAGGCAUUUGCAUCCCAAUUUGUAUAUUGCCGUAAGAAGCUUGAACUCGAUCCUGAAAAGAUCAAUGUUAAUGGAGGUGCAAUGGCCAUUGGGCAUCCUUUGGGUGCUACAGGGGCACGAUGUGUUGCCACGCUGUUGCAUGAGAUGAAGCGUCGUGGCAAAGAUUGCCGCUUUGGUGUUAUAUCAAUGUGUCUAUUUUAUUUUUAUUGAAUAUAUGCCCUAUGU